AUCACAAGGGACUAGUUCGACUUUAUCGUUCUAAUUUCAUAAAGGCUUCUUUUAUAAUUUGACUCAAAAUGAAUUUGAGAAGCUCUUUGGUUUUGAUUGCUUUGGCCUUGCCAAGUAACCUGGCCUUUCCAAAGCAGGUGAAAUCAUCUUGUCCGAUCGUGGAACCGAUGGAAAAUUUAGACUUCGAUGCCAUUUCGGGUCAAUGGUUUGCUCAACGGUCAAUUGGUACCGAAUUCGUGCCAACAGGAACGGGUUGCAUCACAUCGGAUUAUCAUUUUAAAGAUGGCAAGGUUCUAUUUGACUUCCGAUCGACAUCGAAAAGUGGACAAUUGGAACAAGAGUGUGGAAAUGCUGUGCCUGCCGCGAACACGACUGCCGAUUGGACCUUGAACUUUGAAUCGGGCAACGUUGGAAGAAGCGUCAUCUUCUCGACUAAUUACGUGGAUUAUGUGGCCUCAUACACUUGCGAGGAAAACGGUGAUGGGACACUCAAGGAGAGUGGCUAUGUUUUAACCAGAGAACCAGAAGGAGCUCAAGCCAUGAUCAACUAUGUGGUGCAAAUGUUUAUUGAUCGCGGAGUGGAUGUGACAAACCUGGUUUAUGUUCGACAAUUCGAUUGUGACUAUCAAAGGCCAUCCAAUUGCUAAGCCUAUUUUCCAGCCCUACCCAUUGCACCAGCUGCUAUUUGGGAAUAAAUGAAAAUAUCAAUAUCAUUGAA